UUUCGGUUUGCGGCUGUCAGUGAGUGUCACAAAAGGAGAAUUGGGCCUUGGGCUGUCAGUCCAGUGAGGAAUCCGCGUGAUUUCGCGAAUAUACUGGCCGCCGACUCGCUCUCGCCGACUACGAACUGGCUGCCGACAAGGGGUGGGUGGACCGGUGGUCUGCCCAACGAAUAUUAUGAGCUUGGCUGCCGUUAAAAAGGGGUCGGUCACGUCGCCCGGCUCGACCUCGGCCACCCCUCAGCAGGAAAAGGCCAAGUCUGCGGCCAGCAGGAGCGGCCGUGCAAAUGCGACACGUCCGCCGCCGCCGCCGCAACCCGAGACCGUUACCAACAAUACGCCGAGCCAAGCAGAAAAUCGCCCUGCAUUAGCCCAAAACCCUCCCCCGGCUGUGGCGGAUCUCGAGGCAAAGGUCCUGGAGUUGACGCAGAUGCUUCAGACCAAGCAGGCUGAGGUCAACAUGCUGAAGUCGGAACUCAAAGAGGCGGAAAAGGAAAUGGCAACUUCGGCAGCAGCAGGCAACGUCCAGCUCAAGGAGUUGCGCGUCGAAAACAAAACCCUCAAGACGAAGCUUGCCCAGCUCGAAGCCUCAACGGCAGCGGCCACUGCUGCCAAUUCUACAGCGUCCCAGCUCCAACCACUAUCGGACACGGAGAAAUUGCUACUCGGCCAGAUCCACCAGCACUCCUCCGCGCCAGCGUCGAUCGCCGGAACAGAGCCACCAACACCCUAUGAUGCGCUCGGCACUGACAUGCUGGCCUCGACCUGCUCGCAGGGAGUGCCUGGAACUCCGGACUGGGAACACCAGAGUUUAGGAAGCUGCAGCGAAGUGUCCGUUGCUGGCCUGCAAGAUCGGAUUCUGCAAAUGGAAGAGACGCACUACAGUACAAGUGAAGAAUUGCAAGCAACCUUACAAGAACUGGCUGAUCUGCAAAAUCAACUGUCUGAACUUCAAUCGGACAACUCUCGACUCACAGACGAAAAAGCUGUCGUCCUUCAAUCCCUUUGCAAGCAGACUGAGCGUCUUGAGGACUGCAGGGCCAGGGUUGAGUCAUUGACGGCCCUGCUCUGCUCUGAAGGCCUUCCAGCUCCGAAUGACACGGAGGCCAAACUGCUCGAGAUCAUCAAAGGUCUCCACGAAGAACGGUCUGAGCAUCAGGGUUUGAUUGAAGCUGCGGAAGCGAGGGUGCGAGGUGCCCAGGAACGCUUGUUGGCAGCCGAAACUGCUUCGGCCAGACAAAACGAGAGGGUCUCAGUGCUGCAGGCUCAGGUGGAAGUGGGAGUGGCUGAUAAGAAACGACUUGAAGACCGAUUGGAGGCCACUCUGCGUGAGGCUCAGGAGAAAGCCAUCGAGCAUGACAGAAUUGAAAACCUCCUAGCCAACGCCAAAGCUAAGAUUGAAGAGUUGGAAGAAUGCAGAACGUCUCCUGCCAACGAAACACAACUUGAAUCAAGGCUCGAGAGUAUUCGCUCUGAGAAGGAAGAGUUGGAGGUGAAAAUCGUUGAGCUGCAGGAGCAACUUGCCAAAGCCCAGGGUGAAGUUGCCAGGAUUAGAGAGACAACUAAUACAUUGCAAGAAGAACUGAAGGUCUCUCGCAACAAUGCUCGUUCUCAAGUUUCCGAACUGGAAUUUGUCAUCAACCAAGAAAGGGAAGAAACUAAACGUGCACAAGCUGCAUCCACAGAGCAAGCCGCCCAGGCGCAAAGACACUUGGAGGACAAACGACAGCUGCGAGCGACACUCUCCGAAGCACAGAGAGAAAAUUUGGCCUUAAAGGAAGAAUUGAAGACAAUUCAAGCUCAAUUAGAUGAAGAAAAGAGACUCAGGGCUGAAGAGAAUGACGAAUGGAUUCAGUUCCGAAGCGACCUCCUGAUGACUGUUAGAGUAGCUAAUGAUUUCAAAACAGAAGCUCAACAGCAGCUGGCAAAAUUAGUUGUCGAGAACAAAGCCUUAAAGGAGAAGAACAGAUCACUGGAAGCAGAGUUGACCAAAGCCAAGGCACUUAACACUAAAGCACUGUGCUGUGACUCCUACCCAUCCAAUGGUGUUGGACCAACUAAGGAGGAAGUUAACGGCACUGAACACUUUGCCGACGAAGGAAAUCUUAUCUCGAUUGAAGAGUAUUUUGAUGCUCAUGACAAAAAAGUAAUCCCUUGCGUGGAUGAUGCUGCUUCUCCCUCAAAUUCAGACUCCGAACCUUCAGCCAAAAUCAAUAACAAUGCAGACGAGACCGACAAAGUGUGUUUGGUGUCUCCACUGCCCCCACCUUUACCGAGCACGCCACCCCCGCCUUUGCCAAGUAACACGGAUUUAAUCGAUUUCGGCCAAGAGGAAAGUCCUGUGAUCGAACUCCGUUGCCCUCCAGAGCCGGAAAUCAUCCCCUUAAAUUCUUCUCCAAACCUUUCUCAAAAGAGAAAGUCCGGGCCUGACCUUCCGCCCUUGGUCAAUCGAGGGACAGCCUCAUUACUGCAAAAAAGAUUUUCCUUGCCUGUCACGCAAACGUCAGCAGCUCGAGUGGCUCCAAUGACUGCAUUUGUCAAUGCCAAUCUCAAUACCCAACAAUCUCCCGCUCGACCAGUGAGCACCUCCUUAACAGAGGCCCCUCCGUCGCCCGUGCCCUCCACUCCGGCAUGCGACGCCGUUUUCUCGUCGGUGCAACAAGAAAUGGCUGCAGCCGCAAGAAGAUUGAGAGGCACCGCGAUCGCUGACAACCGGCUCUCCGUCAAGAAUUUGAUUGAGAGCAUCGAGAAUGCCACCAAACACCACAAAGCUGGUGGCGACUGUGGUGAGAGCCGAUGCAGCUCAGCCUCCAACAGUAUUGUCACCACUCCUACAAGUCCCAGCCCGUCGCCGUGCAACACUGUUCCCUCAACGCCGUCCCCCAUUCCUCCACAGGUGGAACUCUCAAAGAGUCCGUUGAGGGACCAGCAACAAAACAACAGAACUUCUGGAACUUCUCUCACUAGAAAAACUAGCUUCCAAGAGUAUCUGAAAGAGCCUGUAAAGCCCACCAAAUCAGAGGAGCUGCCGAGCGCAGUGACGCAACGUCCAAGGCACUUCUCUAAUCCUGAAGUUGCCUCGAAAGACCCGCUUUGGGCGCUGGUGAAAAACGGCGGCUCGAAACGCAACGCCCUGCUCAAGUGGUGCCAGGCCAAGACGUCCGGCUACAAGGGCAUCGACAUUACCAACUUUUCCAGCUCGUGGAACGACGGGCUAGCAUUGUGCGCUCUCAUCCACUCUUACCUUCCUGCACUUGUUCCGUACAACACACUCGUGCCCACUGAUAAGAGGAAAAACUUCUCAGUCGCGUUUUCAGCGGCUGAGAGUGUCGGCAUUCCUACGACUUUGAGCAUUGUGGAGAUGACCCACAUGGAGCGACCUGAUUGGCAGCAAGUCAUGGCAUACGUGACGGAAGUCUAUAAACACUUUGAAACUUAAGCUUAACUCUUAUCUCUACUCGUACUGUAUGUCCACUACUUUAACUAUUAUGUAUUUGCAAGAAACUUCAUCUUAUUUAUGUGUAAAAAAUCACAAAACUUAUUUGUUAGUCCUUGGUAAAAUUAUCGCAAGCCAGUGAGGAAAUUUCUCUUGAACUUAACCGUCAAAAUCGUCCAAGUGUGGAUCUCGUGCAAGGUACUGGCGUUAA